AGGGCCCGCGGACCCGGGCGCCCGCAGUGUCACUGGGCCGGCGGGACGCUGUUUGCGGCUGGGACUGGCCAGGAACGUCGGCAGCGGUGUAGAGCCCGGGACACUUGGGUAGCCCACGGGGCAUCUUUGUCCCUCGCUCCCACCCCCUCCCCCGGGUCGGGGGAGGCGGCGUGUCCGGCGGAGGGUUGUGAGGCGCGGGGCAGGGCUGGAGCGCCAUGAGCAGCCCGGAUGCGGGGUACGCCAGUGACGACCAGAGCCAGACCCGCAGCGCGCUGCCCGCGGUGAUGGCCGGGCUGGGCGCCUGCCCCUGGGCCGAGUCGCUGAGCCCCCUUGGGGACAUGAAGGUGAAGGGCGAGGCGGUGGCGAACAGCGGGGCGCCGGCUGGGCCGGCGGGCCGAGCCAAGGGCGAGUCUCGCAUCCGGCGGCCGAUGAACGCUUUCAUGGUGUGGGCCAAGGACGAGCGCAAGCGCCUGGCGCAGCAGAACCCCGACCUGCACAACGCGGAGUUGAGCAAGAUGCUGGGUAAGUCGUGGAAAGCGCUGACUCUGGCAGAGAAGCGGCCCUUCGUGGAGGAGGCCGAGCGGCUGCGCGUGCAGCACAUGCAGGACCACCCCAACUACAAAUACCGGCCGCGGAGGCGCAAGCAGGUGAAGCGACUGAAGCGGGUGGAGGGCGGCUUCUUGCACGGCCUCGCCGAGCCACAGGCCGCCACGCUGGGCCCCGAGGGCGGCCGCGUGGCCAUGGAUGGCCUGGGCCUGCCCUUCCCCGAGCAGGGCUUCCCUGCCGGCCCGCCGUUGCUGCCCCCGCACAUGGGCGGCCACUACCGCGACUGCCAGGGACUGGGCGCGCCUCCGCUCGACGGCUACCCGCUGCCCACGCCGGACACGUCCCCGCUGGACGGCGUGGAGCCGGAUCCCGCCUUCUUCGCCGCGCCGAUGCCCGGGGACUGCCCAGCGGCCGGCCCCUACAGCUACCCACAGGCCUCGGACUACGCGGGGCCCCCGGAGCCGCCAGUCGGCCCCAUGCACUCCCGUCUAGGCCUGGAACAGGCGGGCCCUGCAAUGCCGGGCCACGUGGCGCCCUCCAGCGCCCUGCAGCUGUACUACAACGCGAUUAGCUCACCGGCGGCGGGCGGCGGGCGCGGCUUCCCCAUGCAGCCGCAGCAGCACCCACCCGGCCCCGGGCAGCCGUCGCCCCCUCCCGAGGCCCUGCCCUGCCGGGACGGCGCGGACCCCAAUCAGCCCGCCGAGCUCCUUGGGGAGGUGGACCGCACGGAAUUUGAACAGUAUCUACACUUCGUGUGCAAGCCCGAGAUGGGUCUCCCUUACCAGGGACAUGACUCUAGUGUGAAUCUCCCAGACAGCCACGGGGCCAUUUCCUCGGUGGUGUCCGAUGCCAGCUCUGCGGUAUAUUACUGCAACUACCCUGACGUUUGACAGGUCCCCGAUCCGAUCCAGCCUGCAGGCCAGAAGCACAGUGUUACACACUUCCUGGAGGGGCUAAGGAAAUCCUCAGCCUCAUGUUGUUUUGUUUUGUUUUUAAGUUGCCUAGGCAUAUAAUUUAUGGUAAUUUAUUUUGUCUGCCACUUGAACAGUUGGAGGGAGAAAAAUGUGAGGUCGUGUUUUAAGAUUUGUUCAGAUACUUGUUUCCCACAGUUGCGUUGUGAAAACUCUGUUUCCCAGUUCAAGAUUACCAGUUUUGAAUGUGUCCCAGAAUAACUUGAUCUAUUUUCUGAGAAUUUAUUGAUCAAAAAAACAUUUUGUCCUGGGUGUGUUUUCUCGAUCUUUAAAAAAAAAUAAAAUCUGGAAUCCUA